AUGGAGGUUGCUUCUCUUGGCUGGGGCCAGGAGCGUCUGCCCAACAUCUUUCCACCAAAACGCACAUCUCCGUGGUCAGCUGCAGCUGUUGAUUUGCCUUGGGGACCCUCUGGACCCGAGAAACCAUCGCCAUCAUCCCAGGCACUUUGCAACCAGCAGGCUGAUGCGGCUCCUGUGGCGGCAGUAGGACCGGUGCCCACAAAGGGGCCUCUGAGUUGGAGACCAUCCGUGGUGGGUGCUGGGCUUCAGAACCUGGGCAACACGUGCUAUGUGAACGCAGUGCUGCAGUGUCUGACACACACGCCCCCCCUGGCCAUCUCUCUGCUGAAUGGGCAGCACCAGAGAGCCUGCCAGAAGCAGCCCUUCUGCAUGCUGUGUGCUGUGCGAGCUCACGUGACCCGAGCCCUCCUGCAUCCCGGAGAUGUCAUCCAGCCUCGGAAGGACCUGGUCGCCAGCUUCCACAGACACAGGCAGGAAGAUGCCCACGAGUUCCUAAUGUUCGCUCUGGAUGCCAUGCAGAGAUGUCCCUCGGAAGACACCCUCAUCCAGCAAAUCUUUGGAGGGUGCUGGAGAUCUCAGAUCCAGUGUCUCCGCUGUCUUGGUGUUUCAGACACUUUUGACCCUUAUCUGGACGUCACCCUGGAUAUCACGGCAGCUCAGAGUGUGGAGCAAGCCCUGAGAGAGCUGGUGAAGGCUGAAAAACUGGACGGGGAAAAUGCCUACCAUUGUGGUGUUUGUCUCAGGAAGGGACCCGCCACCAAGAGGCUGACUUUGCACAGGGCCUCCAAGGUCCUGAUCCUUGUGCUGAAGCGGUUCACGGAUGUCACUGGCGACAAGAUGGACAAGAAAGUGCGAUACCCUGAGCACCUGGACCUGCAGCCCUACCUGUCUGUGCAGAAGGCCGGAGCCCUGGACUACGAGCUCUUCGCUGUGCUGGUGCACUCUGGGUGGACCUGUCACCAAGGACACUACUUCUGCUACAUCAGAGCGGGAAAUGGCUGGUGGUACAGAAUGGAUGAUUCGAAGGUCACCGCCUGUGACACUGCUUCUGCCCUGAGCCAAAGCGCCUAUGUCCUCUUUUACAUCCAGAGGGGCGAGCUGGAAAGAGCCACCGGUGGAGCGUCAGCAGACAGGGCACCUCGGUCUCCGGGAGCUGAUCCUAUAGGCAGGGAUGCAGCGGUUGGGGAGCCCAGAAGCCCCUCCAGCAUCAGAGUGUCUGCAUCGGAGGGGCCUCUGGCAGAAACUGACAUCCAGGAGAUCACCUUGGAGCAGUGGAGACGCCACCAGGAACACAGCCGACCUAAGGCUGAAUUCAACCUCAGGAAAGUAGAGCCUGCCCUCCCGACCAAUGCAGUCGUCAUCCACAGGUCGAAAUUCGGAGAUGGGACCGGAAGGAAACUGCCCGCACAGGAAAACUGCGGGGUCAGCACUUCAACCAGGGACGCCCCACCUGAGGGCGCAACGAACAUGGGGAGCAUCCCUUGUCUGGAAGGGAGGACCAAGGCCUCCAAGAAAAAGAACAAGAAGAAGCAGAGGCCUCUGGCACUGCAGUGA